CAGCAACAGCAUACUUAUCGAUUAGCUCAGCUAGACAUAAGAAAGUCACAAUUACAUUGUUCCUGAAAAAGCAGUUUAAAACUCUUCGAAAGUCGAAAUAUUGUGAAAAAAUAGCAAAAAACGCCGCUUAAAUAAAACUUUACCAAAUAAUAAGUUAAUUGAAGCAUUUAUCCUUAAUUAAAUCAGUUAAAAACAAUCAUAAACUUCAGACAUGUCUAAGGCACAUCCACCAGAGUUGAAAAAGUAUAUGGACAAAAAGUUAUCAUUAAAAUUAAAUGGAGGUCGUUGUGUUCAAGGAAUUCUCAGAGGUUUUGAUCCAUUCAUGAAUGUUGUGAUGGACGAGGGACAAGAAGUCACAAAGGAUGGCAAGAAAAGUGAUAUCGGAAUGGUUGUCAUCAGAGGAAACAGUAUAAUUAUGGUCGAGGCACUGGAGCGGAUUUAAGAUUUAAUUUCAAGCUGUAUCUUAAGAAUCACAAAAUUAAAUAAUUAAAGAUCAACAAAUUCUUUUUUUUUGUAAAA